GUCGAUUCCGCCUUAUGUUUACAAUAUGUCAAUACUUGUAAGAUUCGCAUCCUUAUACUUGUAGUUUUUAUUUCAAUCUCGGAUUAUAUUUAAAUUAAUAGUAUAUUUUCGUAUUAUUCCAGAGUUACCGUAAUGGUCCCCCGCCGUUUAAUUUACAGCGUUGUUCUGAUCGCUUCAUUAGUGUUAGGAAGCGUAGUAAAGUCAUCUGGGGCACCCGAAUCGAGUCUUAGAUUAGUUCACGUACUGUUUAGACACGGUGAUAGAAGUCCGACCUAUUCCGUCCCUAUCCCGAAUGAUCCAAAUAAAGAAGACAGCUGGCCUCAGGGCUGGGGUCAGUUAACUACGGUGGGCAUGAACGAGCAAUUUAACCUGGGACGCUGGCUCCGCAGACGCUACGACGGCUUUCUGAACAGCUCUUACGUUCGCAAAGAGAUUCACGUCCGAAGCACGGACGUCGAUCGCACGCUCAUGAGCGCGCAGUGCAACCUGGCGGGUCUCUACGAACCGAUGGGAGCGCAGAGGUGGGACCCCGACAUACGCUGGCAGCCGAUCCCGGUGCACACCGAGUCCGAGGACUACCUGCUGAUGCACGACGCGCCGUGCCCGCGAUACGACGCGCUGCUGACGGCGGCGAGGCAGAGCGAGGCGUUCCUCAGCACACAGGAGAGGGAGCAGCCGUUCCUGGAGCGGCUGACGCGGUGGGCCGGCACCAAGGCGCUCCUCUCCAACGUGUGGUCGAUAUUCGACACGGUGUUCUGCGAGCACCAGCACAACAUGACGCGCUGGAUCGGCGGCGGCGGCGACGCCGACGCCGCGUUCGAGCACAUGCGCGCGCUCAGCGACCUCGACAUGACCUUUGACUUCUACAACGACGAGAUGAGCCGGCUGAAGGGUGGUCCGCUGCUCGGCGAGGUCGUGCGGCACAUGAGCGACCGCGCGGCGUCGGACGCGGCGGGCGAGAAGUUUUUCGUCUACUCGGCGCACGACACGACCGUCGCUCCGUUCCUCGGCGCCAUGCGCGUCUUUGACGGCCGCAUCCCGCCGUACACGGCGACGGCGAUCGUCGAGCUGCACGAGUUCGCUGAGGGCGAGUUCUCGGUGAAGGUGCUCUACAGGAACGCGACGACGACGACGCAGAGGCGCGACGACGACGACGACCUGCACGACCUCACCGCGCUGCUGCCGGGCUGUGCGGACCCGUGUCCGCUCGCGAGAUUCGUCGAUGGCUGCCGGGACAUGGUCCCGGCGGACGUGAGGAGCGAGUGUCAGGUAACGGGCGCCAUGUUGGACUUGAUUGUUGCAAAGAUUAACCCGGCUAACCUCGGUACGGCGCUUGUCGUCGCUGUCGCUUUGCUUGCUUUGUUAGUUCUAGUGGGCGUGUGCUUCGUCGGAUUUCGCAGGCGGGCGAAGAAUCGUCAUUAUUAUCGUCGGUUUGCGGCCGAUAUCAAUGACAGCGAGCAUAUGGCUGUGAGUGACCCUGUUGACGUGCAUACCGACCCAUGAUGUGUCGUGAUACCCCUAACACGUAUUCGGCUGUGUCUAUUUCGUUUACCUAUUUCUUUCUUGGUUUUCGGUCAACAUUCCCAGUCAAUUUUAAGGGUUUGUUGCAACCAUGUAAUAUGUCGUGCUGAGGACCACACUUGAAGUGAUACAAAUUUGUUAUAUAUUUUAAAUAUCAGAUCUAUCGUGGUUAAUUUUCACUCAACCGUGUUGAUUCAAAACAUACUGCUGACUUUUCAGUUUGAUAUUUUAAAUAUCAUUCUAGUAUAUUUUUCUGACCAAAUUCCUUGUGAUAAUAAUUAUUUGCAUCUUACCCAAGUUGACGAUUUCAUGAAAAAUGAUUGAUUUAUGUUGUGCUGUUUGAGUUAGGGGUAGUUCACAAUUAUCAAUGUCACCACUAACUAGUGUAUACACCCUACACAUUUUCACAUCUUUUCUCCAAUGCUGAUAUUUGGGCAUUUGGAGGGAAGGUAUAAGCAAACAUUUGUAUUAUUAAAGGUGUAAAAUUGCUAUUGACCCUCUCCUCCAGCAUUUAUGCUCGUGAAGGUAUUGGUAAUUGUGAAUAGCCUCUUACUCCAUGAACUGGAUUGGUGAUACUUUCGGCCAGUGAAUUAUUUUAAACAUGCUUCAUCCUGAAUUAUACUGUUCAGAAAACUGCUAGUCACUUGACUUGGUUUGCAACAAUUUCCACUGUUAGUGCUGACAGACUUGUUCCUCAUUUUUGUCAUGUAUUAAAAUAUAUACUACUGAUUAGAUGGUUCCCAUCUAACCAGUAGGUGGAGCUGCAUGCCGGAUUGUAAGUGUCAUUGGAGCCGUGCCAUCUCAGCUUUAUGAAGUGUAAUGUCAACUAACAGCAUCUUUUAAUUUGUUUUAUUAAAAAAAAGAAGUCCUUACAAUCUUUUCUGAACUGCUUUUGUGUGUAUACGUGCCUGUGAUUCCAUUUUUCUAAACGAGACGUAUAUUUAUUCACGUCUAGUGGUAUUUAUAUUGGUGAAUCUUGCAGGUUUAAACUGUCCGAUUUUCUAACAAUUUAUUAUCUGUCGUUUGAGUUGUAAUGUACUGUUUGUAAUGUGAACGACCAUUUUAACGGUGAAUUUUUAUUGUGCCAUGUAAUAUGCAUAAUAGUGGAUCGAGUUGAAUGCACAUACAUCCGUCCAUUAGCAUGCGCUUUGCUUUGUCAGCAUCUUGUUUGUUGGGUUUUAUUAUUCAGCUUGUUACACCUUAUUAUAUAUUAGAGUGCAAGUUAAAAAUAUCUGUUUUACGGUUUAUAUAAUGCUAUUGAUUGUCAGAAGUUAAAUAAUAAAAAUUGCAUAAACGACAAACUGGAUUUGAAUAAAUAACAAUUUGAUUGGACAAUUUUUGCAGAUUGUUUUUAACAUGUGAUUGAUAAUGAAUAAAGUAUCCAUCUCAUUUAUUUUUUAC